ACUAUACACACACACACACACACACUCAUCAGCAAUCUGUAUAUAUAUGUUUCCCCUUUCUAAUAAUACUGCAAUCAUACCUAAAUUCAAGUUUCCAAGUAUCACUCUAAUUUGUAAUUCAGGCACAAGCUUAAUAAGGAAAUAUUUAUAUAAUACUAUAAUUUACUUUAUUUGUAGUAUAUUUAGGAUGUCUUCUUCUAGUAGAAGGUCGAGGCAGACAACAGCUGCUGCUUCCAACAGGAUAUCCGACGAACAGAUCAUCGAUCUCGUCUCCAAACUGCACCAACUCCUCCCUGAAAUUCGCAGCAACAGACGUUCCAACAAGACUUCAGCAAGCAAGGUGCUGCAGGAGACUUGCAACUACAUAAGAAAUUUGCACAAAGAAGUGGAUGAUCUCAGUGACAGGCUCUCCAACUUGCUAUCCACCAUAGAUGCUGACAGCCCUGAAGCUGCCAUUAUUAGGACCUUAAUCUAAUUAAGCCUUCAUUAUUAAUUUUAUAUAUAUAUAUAUAUUUGCAUGCAACUAUUAUCAUGUUAUAUUUAAAGCUACCAUGCAUCUAUAUAUCUAUAUUGUAGGAUGUGGAAUUCUGGUAUGGAUCAACAACUCAUCAAUAUGCAUAAUAUCUUAAGGGUCCAUAUAUAUAUAUAUUAUGCAUGUUUGAUUGAUUAGUAAAGGCCAUUGUUGUACGUACCUUGCUUCCAUUACUAAAAUUAUUAUCAUUAUUUAUAAAGUUAUUUGUUCCAA